AUGGAGCAUUUCCGGCAGAUUGGCGAAGUUCUGGGUAGUCUAAAGGCAUUGAUGGUAUUCCAACACAGCAUUCAAAUCAAUCAAAGGCAAUGCUGUUUUCUCUUUGAUGCUCUAACCUUGGCUUAUGAGACAAUUGCAGAUGAAAUGAGAACCAACUUAAGAUUUGAAGAUAAGCAUAGAAAUUGGAGAAUCCUCGAACAACCCUUCAAGGAACUCCACAAGAUACUUCGAGAAGCUGAUACAUAUGUCAGAAACUGUUUCGAGAACAAGGUUUGGUGGGCCAAAGCCAUAUUAUUGAACCAAAAUCGAGACGCUGUUGAAAUCCAUAUGCAUAAUCUUCUUUGCUGCAUUCCAAUUGUUAUUGAGGCAAUAGAAACUGCAGGAGAAUUAUCCAGUUGGGAUGAUGAUCAGAUUAAUAAAAGGAGGCUCGUUUGGUCAAGAAAAUAUCAAAAUGAAUGGAAUGACCCUAAACUUUUCAAAUGGAAACAUGGGAAACAAUACAUGGUUACUGAAGAAUUCUGCAAUCGGAUUGAUGCAGUUUGGAAAGAAGAUCAAUGGAAUUUAGUUGAUAAAAUCCGGGAAAAAAGAAUACCUGGAUCAACAAAGUACGGGCAACAGUUGAUGAAUCUUCUCUUGAAGAAUUUGGAUGUUACAGGGUCCUUGAAUGGAGAGCUUUUACCAUGCUCAGUUUUGCUGAAUUCAAAAGACUACCAAGUAAGAAAACGGCUGGGAAAUGGAGGCGAAUACAAAGAGAUAUCCUGGUUGGGUGAAACCUUUCUUCUUCGACAUAUUAAAGGAAACAUAGAGUCUCUAGUUCCUGAAAUAACUCAACUAUUAUCUCUUUCUCACCCAAAUAUACUACAGUUUCUUUGUGGUUUCUUGGAUGAUGAAAAGAAAGAGUGUUUCCUUGUUACAGAGCAAAUGAGCAGGAAUCUUUGUACCCAUAUUAAAGAAUUUCAUACCCUAAAGAAGCACAUUCCACUUCCUUUUCCUGUUGCAUUAGACAUAAUGCUUCAGAUAGCAAGAGGUAUGGAGUAUCUUCACUCAAAGAAAAUAUAUCAUGGUGAUUUGAAACCUUCAAACAUUUUCACCAAAGUGCAAAACCAUUCUUCAGAGGGUCAUACUCAUAUCCAUGUAAAAGUUACAAGAUUUGGUCUAUCAUCAGUGACAAGCCUCUCUCAAAAGAAUUCAAACCCAGGUGAGGAACUAUCAUACAUCUGGCAUUCACCAGAAGUCUUAACAGAGCAAGAAGAAUCAAAAGGUGGAAUGGAUGCAAAGUACACAGAGAAGUCUGAUGUGUACAGCUUUGGUAUGAUCUGUUUUGAACUUCUAACAGGAAAAGUCCCUUUCGAAGACUCUCAUCUUCAAGGAGAUAAGAUGAGCCGAAACAUAAGAGCUGGGGAAAGGCCGCUCUUCUCACAUCACUGCCCAAAAUACGCAACAAGUUUAACUAAGAGAUGUUGGCAUUCGGAUCCAGAUCAACGGCCAACUUUCUCGUCCAUUUGCAGGAUACUUCGUUAUAUAAAAAGAUUUCUCGUGAUGAACCCAGAUUACAACCACCCAGAUACACCUGUUCCUCAUAUUGAUUACUUUGACAUUGAGUCAGGGCUUCUUAAGAAAUUUCCUUCUUGGAUGAGCAAUGAGCCAUAUCCUGUUUCGGAAAUUCCAUUUCAGAUGUUUGCAUAUCGAGUAACGGAGAGGGAAAAAUGCAUAUCCAAUAGCAAAGAUUCCUCAGAAUCUGGCAAUGAAGCAGCUUCUAUUUCUGGUGAUGAGCAUGUGGCAACUGCAGAUAAUCCUCUUCUCUCCGUCACAGAAAGGAAGAAUCCAAUUCCUGAUGACUAUAUGAAAAAGAGGCGUUCGUUAGUUAGUAGGUUUCCAGAUACAAAACCAAAUAAAUAUCCAGGAACACCUAAAGAGCGAUCUCUAAGACCUCCUCAACUUUUACGCUGUUCAAGUAGUAUGCACUUAACACCAGAUAACCACAGGCUUCUUGUGAAUUCCCGGAUCCGGAGGAAGUCCGGCCAUGCAUCAGAUUCUGAGUUACCAUAAGCAAUUAGGCCGACAGAAAUCUCUUUUAUAAACUAGAGAACACAACCUAAUCAAAGUGUUGCCAAAGACAAUUAGUUUUUUUUCCAUUUCUCUUUCAGUUCUAAAAGCUCAUUCACAUACACUGUAAAUCAAAUAAGACAUCUGUAAUACUGUAGCUCUAUAGCUGGAAGAAGCACAUGUUAAGUAGGGAGAGGAAAUAGUAGUUAAACAUAGCUUCAGUAGUUCUUUUAGUUUUUGAAAGUAAAAAUGAUCUAAUGUGUGAUUUCUGAAUUAUAAUGGAUAAUCACGCAAUUUACUUCUUG